AAUUUGAUCUGUUAAACCGAACCAACCAGGAAAAUCGGAACACCGGAAGAAGACGCGACGACUUCGAGUGAGUGAGCGGUUUUCCGAUGAAAACUCCGGCGCUCCUCCUCCUCCUCCUCCUGGCCUUCGUAUCCAUCAUUCCCCCGUCAAGCGGUCAUGACGAAUGGGAUAUCCUCACGGAGCAAAACUUCUCUUCUCAGAUCCGUCUCCACCCUCACGUCCUCCUCUUCGUCACCGCUCCAUGGUGUGGCGAGUCCAGAUCCCUUAAGAACGAAAUUACUCAGUUGGCUCAUAGUAGUGAGGAGUUUGAGUCGUUGAAGUUGAUGGUUGUAUACAAAAAUUCAGAAAAGAUGCUAGCACAAGCCCUUGGUGCUGCCAACGGGAUAACAGUUUUGUACUAUCACCAUAGUGUGCCUUACAAUUAUCAAGGGAAACUCCGAGCCUCAAAUAUAUUGUCCUCUAUUCAUCCUUAUCUGACAUCAAUUCCCGAAGAACUCCCACUCAGACAUUUGAAGUCUCCAGAGAGUUUGAAUGAUUUCCUUGAAUCAUCUGACAAGGCUUUACUUCUGUUCGAUUUUUGCGGAUGGACAGCUACACUUGUGUCUGAGUUGAACAAAAAUGUAACUGAAGAUAACCUUUGGCAAGGAAACUUCUCCAAAAGGAUAGAAACUGACCGAGUGCUAAGGCUAAGAGGAAAAAAUAACCAGAAGGUGGCUGAAACAGACCAUGCAAAAUGGAAAAUGAUGUGUAGAGUCCAAAGCGGGUUUGGUAGAGUUCCUUGGCUUGAGGAUUUUAGCUAUGUCAAUGAUACUGCUGCUUUGCAGGAGAAUGAUGGAGUCAAUCGGGGUUUUGGACAAACAUGUAACCAUGAACAGUACAAACAAUUCAGUUCAUUCCUCCCGAAAUUGAUUGCCACCGCAAAAGAGUUUUCUCUGCCUCCUGAAAGACAAAAGUUUGGUCUGAUCACAGAAGGAUCACUGGCUUCAUCUUUUAAUAUUGGAGCAUUUGAUUCAUGGGCAGCGGUCCUUCAGCUGGCAGGAUGUCCACAUUGUUCAAAGAUUCUCAAGGUCGGGGACGACAUUCAGAGACUCUUGAAGAUGGAAAAUCCGAUAGUUUCAGAGCUGGAGGAUGACCGGCAGGACCAUGAGUCAUCUUUACCUACAAGUAAACCAUCGGUUAUUCUUUUUGUGGAUAGAUCAAGUGGCUCCUUGGAAGAUAGGAGGAGGAGUAUGAAAGCACUUUGUACUUUCAGAGAGGUAGCUGCACAUCAUAAAGUGUCUGGCAUAAUGAACUGGAAGAAUGAUAUUCAGCUUGAGAACUCCGUUAACCAGGCUGAUGAAGAAUCUGGGUCCGUGUCACGUCCGAAAACUGCCCCAAAGAUUAAGACGAUUAAGUUAGAGAAUAAGGUCUCUUUUAUGAUUUUGGAUGGGGAUAAAAAUGUUGCCCUUAAUACUAUAGGUCAAGGAAUCGAUGGCAGUUCCUUGCAGGAGAUACUGACAAAUCUUGUUCACAGAAGAAAAGAAAAAAAAUUGAGCUCGAUUGCUAAGGAUGUUGGUUUCCGGCUUAUAUCCGAUGAUGUGCACAUAAAAGUAAUCGAAGCAUUACCAUCACAAGCAGAAGUUAUCUCUGGUCAAGACACAUCUUCAUCUUCUGCAGAAGGUUCCAGUGAAAGUUCUCUUCACCCUAAUGAAGUAGAUGUGCAGAACGGGGCGAGUACGAGUUCUGAAGAAAAAGAUAAAAUGAAAAUUUCUGAAAGUGAAUCCUCCUCCCCCGAUGAUGAAGAGCAGGUUUCUAGAAACAGAAGUGAACAAUUAGUAAUGGGGGAAACCGAUAAGUCUGGAGUUUAUAAAGCAGAAAAUGUUAAGGGAGAGAUCAAGGUACCGUUGAACUCGGAAUCGAAGGAAGAUCUAGUGCAUAGUUUUACGGGUUCAUUUUUCUUCUCUGACGCAAAUUAUGCGUUACUUAGGGGUCUCACUGGUGAUGUAAAGAUUCCAUCAGCAGUAAUACUUGAUCCUGCUUUACAACAGCACUAUGUCCUUCAAGAUGAGUUGGAAUUUAGCUAUGCGUCACUUGUCGACUUUCUUCAUGGAUAUCUCAAUGGAAGUCUAUCACCUUAUACACAGUCUGAAACUACUAUUCAAAAGCCUAGGGAAGCUACAGUUCCACCUUUUGUUAACCUGGAUUUUCACGAGGCGGAUUCUAUUCCGCGUAUCACAGUCAAUAAUUUCUCCAAUAUGGUUCAUGAAUGGAAUCAAUCCAGUGCAGAGAAGGCUCCCUGUCCUUUGUGCCAGGACGUUUUGGUCCUUUUUAGCAAUAACUGGUGUGGCUUUUGUCAGAGGAUGGAGGUAGUUCUGCGUGAAGUAUACCGAUCACUAAAGGGAUCUAAAGCGAUAAAACAAGGAGGUUCCAGGAACAAUCAAAUGCUUUUUAAAUCAGCAGAGACACCGACUAUAGUUCCACUGAUCUACUUAAUGGACUGCACGUUGAAUGAUUGCAGCUUAAUCCUAAAAUCAAUAAAUCAGAGGGAAGUGUAUCCUUCUUUAAUAUUAUUUCCAGCCGAGAGAAACAAAGUUAUUCCGUAUCAAGGGGAGACGUCUGUAACUGACAUAAUGGAGUUUCUAGCUCGCCAUGCAAAGAAUUCUCCUGACAUUUCCGGAAUCCUUCCUACUCUGUCUGGAAAAGAAGGAAGAAACUCAAACCAGCUCGAUCAAUCUUCAGUAAACGAUAAAGUGACAGACGGUGAUAAACUUGUUGAGCUUGUUGCAAGUAACAGAGAUCCCCCUGAAAUAGAGGUAAACCAUGACCAGGUCAAUUCCCAAUCGCAGUCGGUCAAACCUGGUCCCCAAGUGAAAAUGGGCACAAUCCUGGUUGCUACAGAAAAGCUAGCUGACACUCCGCCAUUUACCAAAUCAAAGAUUCUGAUCAUAAAGGCAGACCAUGAAUCCGGCUUCAUGGGUGUGAUCUUCAACAAACGUUUAAGGUGGAAAUCUUUCCCUGACCUCGGCGUCGAAACAGUCGAGCUAUUGAAAGAGACGAUACUUUCCCUCGGAGGUCCAGUCUUGGAUCUAGAAACCCCACUUUUAGCUCUGAGCCGAGAGGGAGACUCCUCCACGUUGCUCGAACUCUCACCAGGCGUGUAUUUCCUAGAUCAUCAGUCCGUGGCUCGUCGAAUCAAAGAGUUGAAAUCUAGAGGAGGUCUGAAUCCAACUGAUUAUUGGUUUUUCUUGGGAUACACAAGCUGGAGUUAUGAGCAGUUGUUUGAUGAGAUCGGUCUUGGAGUAUGGGAUGUUGAUAACAGCGAGCUUGACUUGGCUUGGCCUUGAAGCUGUUUGCAUCUUUUCUUGCGUAUCUUGGCUCGCAAUAUAGUAAUGUGUUUCCUUUUUACUUCCUUUUUAGAAAGAAGAAAUUUCAAAGAACGAAAAAAAUAGAAGAUAGUAAAAGCCCUCUUUU